AUGUCGUGGGUGCCACCGAAUUUAGCGGAACUCUGCGCGCCGCACUCGACGGUUACGUCGUGCCAACCUUCGACGUAUCUCUUCUUGGCCUUCAUUGCGCGGCUCUUCGGGUAUUCGACGGAUCACAGCUACCCCGUACUUUCCGACAACUUUCCGCAUUGCUAUUACCCGCUCGCCGCGAAUUGGGAUGCACUCGCAAUACCGCCAACAGCCGGAUGCAAUGACCGUCUGGAAGACUUCGAGCAAAUUUCGUGGGACGAACGUGGGCUGAUAUUCUCGCCGCUGCACGCGGGACCGCUGAGCGAGAAUUUCUACAAACAACUGAGAACGGACGAUCCAAGCAUCCGAGCUACGGGAUUUUUCGAGGAAGCCGCUGGGACCGUCGGCGAUUACGGUGCGGUGAAUUUCCCGCAACCCGUCGAAUUCCAGCCGGAGCAGUACGACUUCAUCAUCGUCGGAGCGGGCUCGGCCGGCUGUGUUUUGGCGAACAGACUGAGCGAAAUCGAAGGGUGGCGGGUGCUUUUGUUGGAGGCCGGAAUAGAAGAACCAUUAGUCACGAAUGUUCCGGCAUUCGCUUCCAUGUUGCGAACGAGUAACAUCGAUUGGAUGUAUCGCACGCAGCCGGAAGAACAUUCGUGCCGAGCCCGAAAAGGGGGUGGGUGUCCUUGUCCUAGGGGUAAGGUGAUGGGCGGAUCGAGUUCGAUCAACUACAUGCUAUACAUACGAGGUAACCCGAAAGAUUACGACGAGUGGGCCAAGUGUGGAAAUGAUGGAUGGAGUUUCGAGGAAGUGCUUCCAUACUUCCUCAAGUCCGAGAAUAACAAGGACCCGGAGGUCGUAAAGGAGAACCCGCGCUAUCACCGCCAAGGCGGCUAUCAGGACGUCGAGAGGUUUUCCUACAUCGACGUGAAUACUGAAAUCCUGAUAGACGCGUGGAAGGAGCUGGGAUACGAUCUGGUGGACGGGAACGCCGGGCAGCAGUUAGGAAUUCAACAUUACCAGAUGACGUCCGUUCGCGGAAUGCGGCAGAGCACGAACGGCGCGUUUAUCCGGCCCAUCAGGCACAAACGACGAAACUUGGUGAUCAAGACGCGCGCCCACGUGACGAAAAUCCAAAUCGACCCGAGGACGAAGCGAGCGUUCGGGGUGGAGUACCUGUCGGCCGCCACCGGCUUCGUGAAGGUCGCCUUCGCGCGGAAGGAGGUGAUCCUGUCGGCCGGCGCGAUCAACUCGGCGAAGAUCCUGAUGCUAUCGGGCGUGGGCCCCGCGCAGGAGCUGGCGAAGCACGGCAUACAUGUGUUGCAGGACUCUGCCGUGGGCCGGAACCUUCAAGACCACGUCACCAUAGACGGCUUGGUAACUGCGGUCAGCAAUAUGACCGCCACGGUCAAGGACAACACGAUGAAAAUGAAGGACGUUUAUUACUACAAGAAGACCGGUAAAGGCCCCUUGAGCGCAACCGGGCCCACAAACUGCGGCCUGUUCGCGCAAACCUCUUACGCGCAUCAUCCCGGCCUGCCCGACCUACAGUUCGUCUUCGACCAAGGCAACCAGAUGGACUACUCGCGACAGCCUGGGGAUUUUACCGAGGCUGCGGUAGAACCGUUGUCCUAUUACGACGCUAUCAAUAUCAGGCCGAUCCUGCUGACGCCCAAGAGCCGCGGAUUCAUCCUCCUGAACGACAGCGAUCCGCUAUGGGGUCCACCGCUCAUCUAUCCAAGGAUGUUCACGGAGUAUCCCGACCUAGACGCUUUGGUCGACGGUGUAAAGAUAGGCCGUGCGCUCUUCGAGACGAAAGCUUUCCGCGAACACGAUCUGCGACUCAUGGACACGCCGUUGCCGGCCUGCCGGCACUUCCGGUUCGACACGGACGAGUACUGGAAGUGCGUUGCGAUGGAGUACACAAACACCAUUUACCAUCCCGUGGGAACCUGCAAGAUGGGCCCGGAGAACGAUCCCGAGGCCGUGGUGAAUCCGCGCCUCAAGGUGCACGGUAUUCAGGGCUUGCGCGUCGUGGACGCUUCCGUGAUGCCGACGAUUGUUCGCGGCAACACGAACGCACCGACAAUUAUGAUAGCCGAGAAAGCCAGCGACAUGAUCAAGGAAGAGUGGCUGUGACGGCUUCUUUGUUCGCUCCGUCGUUCUGUAAUUGAUAUUUGCUUACUUCCGACGCACAAACCGCGAGCAGUAUCAUUAUUACGGAAAGUGGCGGAUGUGCGCCGAUUAUUGUUAUAUUCAUAGAGACUGCCAGCCACCACCAAGGUAACACGCGACCAAAAUAAUCGGCCGCUGCCGCUCAUCUCUCUUUCGAUCCUUUCGAUCCAUACGAUGAUGAUGUUAUUUGUACUAACUUACUUAUAUUAAUACUAUACUAAUUAUUGUUUAUUAAUAUGUUCACGUUCACUUCUAGAAUUAUCAGAGACAACGGAUGAUUUAUACUUUUUCUUUGAAUCGCAUCUCCCUUGUAUUAAUACACUUAUCGACGCCUGCGAUACCUCGAAACGAUACGACGUGAAAGCAUAAGAGGUUGCAUAUUAGCAGGCGUAACGUGGAAACAGUCGCGACGAGUAUGGAAUAUUAAAAUCGGUAUGGUUUAAGCAUUUGCUGCCUCAUGUAAAUUAUAUGUUAUACCUGUCGCUAAACGCUUUCUUAAGCGUAACCCACUUUCGAGUAAAAAAUUUAAUAAUAUGAAAGGUGAGUAGAUUAGUGGA